GAAGAGGAAGAGCUUCUCCGUGUUCUUCUUCCUACAGUAUAAAACCAAACAAAUUAAAAUAAAAAGUUCAAACUCCCCCUCAAAAAAAAAAAAAAAAACAGCUUCAAUAAUUUCUUUUUCAGGUUUUUGUGUGUGUGUUUUUUUAAGUGGGUGUGGUUUGGUGUGGAGAACGAUGAGUGAAAGAAGUAAAGCGGCCAUGAAUGUCUUUUCAAUCCCUACACCCUCGUCUCGUUUGUCUCCUUUGGCUCGUCCGUUCACCAUCACCAGCCCUUUCAAUCGCCAUGAAUCUUUUGACCCUUUGCUUGACUCUACUUCCGGUCUUGAUCAACCCUUUCCUUACCUGAAUUUGGGUGGUCAACGUCAACAAGGCUACUGUGCUUACCACUCUGACUCUACUGCAAUUACUGCUACCCCUUUUGUCAAUGACCUUGACUUCGAGCCUAAUUCUUGUUUUAUAAACAACCCUUUCGUGGAUCCUCUAGUUCAAACCAGUUUCACUCCUAGUUCUUCAAGCUUUAGCAAUGUGGACCCAGAGAGUGGAGUGCUGGGAACUGCUACAAAUCAUCACGGGUUACAAGGGAACCUGCUUCAGCAAGGUACUACUAUUGAAGUAUCAAAACUUGUUAGUGAAACAUCUUCUGUUUUGCAUGAAAGAGAUGAUAGAAUUAGACCAGAAUACAAGGAUAAAACACUUACAGAAAGCAGUGUUUUUCGAAUGGCUAAUUCCAAAGUAAAUUUGUCGAAUAUAUGUUUGACGAAGUCGUGUUCAAUAGCAUCAGGUUUGAUCUCUUCUUCAAGACCUCAACAUACUCAGAGUCAACUGUCGUACUCAGUGCCAUUGCUGAGUACGAGUCAUUGUGAUUCAACUAUUAUUAACAAUGAGAGAUGCUUUCCCAAUCUUGCCUCUUGUGCAGCUGAAACUCUGGUUUCAUGUGCACCAAAGCAUUUUGCUUAUUCAGCUCAAACUUUCAAACCAUCAAGUGCUAGUUACAAUCCACCAAUUGUUAAUCCUGUUCCGUUAGAGAAUGUGGCUUAUGGUGGCAUUGAUGCACUCAGCAAAACGGAUUCAUAUUUUGGCUAUGUCGUGCCUGGCAUGAUUGGUAGUGAUAUGGUGCAGAGUCCCCUAGACAAGGUUGCUUGCCAAGACCUUUUAUUGAGAACUAUUGUUGAACCUGCCUGCAAUGAGACUAAAAGCCCUUCUAUUAUGGCAAAAUCCAAGCUUCAAAUUGCUUGUCCCAAUGUUCAUGAAGACUUGGCUUUAGAACAACAUGGUGCUAAAGCAGGUAUAGCUGAUGAUAAAUGUUCCAGCAACAGUGAUGAUUCGGAUGUAGAUUCACCUUGCUGGCCAGGAACACAGGCAUAUAAGUCUCUGUUUAGCUGUUCAGUGCCUGUGAAUUCAGAAGAUUCUAAGGGUCAAUCUCCUUUCAGAGUUUCAGUGUCUCCGAAAUUAGAACAUUCUAAGAAUGAAAAAGUGGCACGUAAUAGUUUAAAUCCUCUGGCACCUGUGUUUAUUCCUGCAAAUUCUAAACAAAAAGCUGAUUAUCAUCAGAAGGAUUGUCAUGGAGAUAAUUCUCUCGCUUCUCAGAAUAUUGGAGCUUUAGCUGCUAUUUCUUCAAGAGAAAAUGAAUUAUUGGGUUCUGCUAGAGCAGGCACAUGUCCUUCAGAAAGGAUCGAUGAUAUAGGAUUCCAUUUUUCUUUUGAUGCCUAUGACUCAAGACUCGAGUAUGGCAGUCCUUGCUGUUUUCAACCUCCUGGGAAAGAGAGUGUUAUCUCUGAAAGUCAGCUUGAAAAUGUUACUGGCUGCAUGGAGGGUAUUGCUAAUGCAACAUAUAAUGCGUUAGACAGUGUUGCGGACAUGGCACAGGCUGGGCAAAGUUCUAGCAUCUCAUUCCCUACAACAGAAAUUUCCCUGACUUCACAUUCAAUUGGAGAUGGUGUUUUUUCUGAUUUAACUCAAAGAUUUCAAGAGCCGCCCAAGUCUACACCUCCCAAACUUGAUGUUAAUUUAAUGAUUAAUACAAUCCAAUUUUUGUCGGAGUUGCUUCUACAGAAUUAUUCAUUUGCUUUAGGUUCAAUGAGUGAGCAUGAACAUGAUAAGAUCCUUAAUAUAAUUAAUAACCUUUAUGGUGUUAUCAGACAUUGGGCUGGUGAAAGAGGUGUAAGGCCCGAAUCAAGUCACUUGAGCACUUUAUAUGGUAAGAGACAAGCAGCUGAUCACCGUGAGAUCCAGGUUAUUAAGGAGCAUGAAAUUCCACCAGAAGCCUUAUUUUAUAGGAAACUGUGGCUUGAGGCUAAAGAAGCUUCUAACUUAAUGAAGUAUCGAGCGCAUGGCUCGCACACGAAACCAGAGCUAGAGAAAUGCUGAUCAAAAUAAAGCUGAAUAGAGGGUUAUUUAGUGCUUGAGCCCGAAUAUAAAAUGUGGGGUUGCUGAAUCAACGUGCUGUUGGAAGCGUUGUAUAUUGUGCAUGGGUGUUAAAAUAUAGAAAGUGAAUACAUUUCAGAAUGUGGUGAAGCCUUCGGAUGGAAGCUCCUGUCCUGGACUUGCAAGAUUCAAGACCUGCAAGCUACCUGACCAGGUUGAAUGAUGGUUUUAAAGUCAUUUAUACACCAAAUCUCUGAGCUCCUGGGAUCAAUAUGGGGCAGAAAAGUUGGUUAACAGAGCAUAACGAAAGAACCCCCAAGGUUCACCAUUCUAGAGGAUAUACACUUUUCAGCUUGUAGCUAAAUCCCGGCAGAAUUGUAACAUACUUCAGUUCAUGGUUGGUGUACUAAUAUUAAACUGGCUGUAUCCUCGACUAGGCCCAUUUUAUCCGAGUAAGCGUCUUGGGCUGCUUACCUGAUGGGUUUUAUACCAUCAAAUGCGUUGUUGUACUGUCUAUGCCUUGGUUUUGUUAUUUUCGUAACUGUCCACGGAUGUAAAAAUUUAAGGAUUGAGCUAAAUUCCUAGUUUUGCCCACAAA